GCCAUUCACAAAAUAACCAGUCUCAGAAGAAGUUACUGAAGUGAAUUUUAACUGAAGAUGACUUCGAAAAUAAUCGCAGUUCUCUGUCUUUUCUUGGCAGUAAGCUUCGCUGUAAGAGGUUAGUGUAUAAUUAUGGUAUUUUUUGGUAUGAUUUGCAAUAAGUUAGUUUCCUUCUGCAGUAUAACAUUGGAUCAAUGAGGAAUGUUUCCUUACUGCACCUCUAUGCUAACAGUUUAAAAACGAUAGAGUUAUCCAGUUUAAAUGAGGUUAUAGUUUAGUUUCAAAAUACCAAUCAAUGUUCUUUUCUCACAGAAGAAUAUGACACCCAGAUGGAAGAUUAUGCCUCGUCAAAUGAUGAGACGUAUUCAGAUGAAAAGCCAGCUAAAGCGAAGAAAACAGUCAUUGAAGAUACGGGAAGUGAAACGAGCGCCUUAGUUCAACAAGAUAGUGGUGAUAUGGAUGCCGAUGAGCACAAAGGAUGUAAGUUAAAAAACAAAGAAUUUUGAUCAAAUACAAACAGUCAAUCAUUAUCAACAAUCAUUGAAAACAAUACUUGAUAUCAAUAGACAAUACCUUUCCCUUUUCGUAAAAUGAGACGACUGUAUUUUGGCAUAUAACUUCAUAUAACUACAAACCGACAUUGAUAAUAAGUUCUGUUAAAUUUCCCUGCAGUUUCCUAAGCUUAACUUUCAACUUAUAUGGUAUAAACGAGUGUUUAUAUAUAAUUAGUUUCUAUAUCUUAUUUUUCUGUUUAUUCUAUAUUUCAGUCUGUCAUUGGGGAAUUGCUGUGUGGUACAAACCUGGUUUCCAGAUACGCUGUAACUGUAUGAGAUGGUGAGUAAUUAAUCAGGGGUAUCGGUCGAGUGCUUGAUCAGCAUGGGCGAUAAUAGCCAAUAUAAUCGUUUCAGAAAGGGCAGGAGGGAUGUGACAAAGACCUUGGUAUAUACUAAGAACAUUGAGUUAGCUUUCGUGAUGGUUUUAUCCCCGUGGGAUCUCUGAAGUCUUUCUUAAGUUUUAAUAUGGCAUAUUUUAACCUAUGUGACCACUUCGAGAUUACUGGAACAUUUACUAGUGUAGGCAUUUUGCAGGCCCAGCAUGCAGUGAACUCGUUUUCAUAUGGACUGGGCUUUUUUUGCCAUUAAUAGCAAGAACUUCUUUCUCAUAUUCUUUCACAUUCUCGUCAUUAUAAAAGUCGUCACAUAAUUGUCUUUUUGUACGCUUAUUGCAUGCACAAGGAAGAGGCCUGCAUGCAUUAACAAUUUACCCUGGUAGUUAUAAUUUCUUAACAAAUGCCCCGAGUUUUAACGUGUUGUACUAGCAAACUGAGCCACCAAUAGAUUUAAUGAAUUAUGCCAUGUAUAUUUUUCUCAGACACCGUUUCUUCUUAAUUUAUUUCAGUACCUGCAAAGAAGGAGGUGUAUGGAAUUGUGGAUAUCACUUCGCCUAUUGUCCAUACUACUGUAAGUAUCAACACAAUAUGCUUUCAAAAGUUGCACGAACGAACCAGCGUGGUCCCGCAAAAAUUAAGGCCGAAAAUUAGAUUCAAGAAGCCCGCUAAAGGCUUCUUUGUACUUUCCGGAAAUUCUUCUAUCAAAGAAGUACGUUAUUACAGCAGUACAAACAAUCUUUCAAAGAUACAAUAUUUCUUUAGUUUAAAAGUCUUUGUAUACCGAAAUUUGAUGGUGCCACCUUGGGAAUUAAACUGAGAACAUAAGAUAGGCAUACCAACUAAUUUGAACUAUGGCCAUAAAUAGAAAUACUAUACAUGAGUAUAGUAUUUUUAUAGCUCGAAUUCGACUCUGAAAUCGAAAACUCGUCAUACUGAACGGUGUAAAUCGUUCUAUUGAAAGCGGAUGCGGAUCCAUCGGAAUAUAUUCCUGUGUACCCGGGUGUCCGGUUGACGACCAUGUUCGUUGAAGCGAAACAAAAAAAUUUAGGUAAUGUGACGGGUUAGCAAAAAAAUCUUACCCAUGAUUAUGGUUUGCGAACCAAUUCGCACUUGGUGGAAAACUGACUUAAAACUGACUUAAAGGCACCUUUUUUGGCAAAAGAGAAUGACUCAUAUUGCUCGUACUAAUAUUGUGAUAAAUACUUCAAUGCUCUUUUCCAGAUUGUGGCAACCAAAUCUACAAUCCUGCUUCUCAAAUCUGUUGCUGUGGUAAAAUUCACGAUAAGAAAUCCAACCAUGCGUGCUGUGGUUACUUCUACUAUAAUACCAGAGUUUCAAAAUGUUGUAAUUACUACUCUGUGAAGCCCAGAAAGGCGAACUGCCCUCGCGACAGAGUCUAAGAGGCGAUCGAGGAUUCCUUUGAACCUUUUGUAGAGGUUAAACUUGUCUGAGAGUUAAUUUUGUCACCGCAAACUCGGGAAUUAGUCAUUAUAUAUUAAUUGUAAAUUUAUUAGUUCUAUAAAUACAAUGGACACAAUGAUUAUCAUGUUAA